CUCGACACCAUUCGCCGAGCUCCAAACACCGCACGCCCAAUAGCCCGCCAUGGACGAAAAAGAAGAGACCAACGAGCCCCUCGACCUUGUGCGUCUCUGCAUUGACGAGAUUGUCAUUGUCAAAUUGCGCGGCGACCGCGAACUAAAAGGCAGGCUUCAUGCUUACGAUUCCCACUGCAACCUAGUCCUCGGCGACGUCGAGGAAACGAUAUACCUUGCCGAGGAAGACGAUGACGACCAAGAACCCCGCGUGCGGACAAUCAAGAAGCAGAGUGAGAUGCUCUUCAUAAGAGGUGACUCGGUAGUCCUGAUUGCACCGGCAGAAGGAACAUCGCAAUGAUCACUCUCUAUUCGAACCCAAGUAGAAAAUACAUAGGUCUGCCGCCCAUAGAACCUACUGCAGUUGGACUAUGGCCAGUCAAGCAGUCAUCGACGAGAUACCCGAGUUUGGAGAUAGCAUGGCACAUUGGUUGGCGCAGACGUAAAGUCAGCAACAUGACUAACAGACACGACGCUUGCAUACCGGGCUCAGUGGACAGUCGCACCACACUUGUCAAGCGAAGUCUCUCGGCCAGUCUUGUCGUGCUCAAACAAAGCGAGUGCUAGAUCAUAGCUUAAAGUCAGACAUAAUGUACCUCUUGCCCCUGUCGUGUGCUUCCGUUAGAACAACAUAUUCGUUUUUCACUAGAUAUAUACUGCUGCGCUUCGUAAACAAUGUCAGUAGCAUCGUCACAAAUUGGCUGGGCGCAGGGUUUAAGAUGCAAACAUUAAGU